CAGCCGUCGCCACUCGCCGCCGCUAACCCAGCCCCGUCUCAUCGCCAUUUGAACCAGGAAUCUUACGCGGAACCGCCCCGCUUCCAUGGCGACGGCAUCCACUACGCUGCUCCUCUCCCUUGCCUUCCUCGCCUUCGCCUGGGCGGCGUCGCCGUCGCCGUCGCCGGAUGCGGAGGCGAUCUCCCGGUUCCAGGAGUACCUCCGCAUCGACACGGCGCAGCCGGCGCCAGACUACGCCGCGGCCGUGGCCUUCCUCCGGAAACAGGCCGCCGAUGCUGGACUCGAGGCGCGCACGCUUGAGCUCGUCGCCGGGAAGCCCCUGCUGCUGCUGCGGUGGCCCGGUCGGCGGCCGUCGCUCCCCUCCAUACUCCUCAACUCCCACACUGACGUGGUGCCGUCGGAGCCGAACAAGUGGGACCACCCGCCCUUUUCCGCCGCCCUCGAUGAGCCAUCCGGUCGCAUCUACGCGCGAGGCUCCCAGGACAUGAAGUGUGUGGGGAUGCAGUACCUUGAAGCCAUUCGCCGUCUCCGUUCUGCAGGAUUUGUUCCAGAUCGAAAUAUCUAUAUAACAUUUGUUCCUGACGAGGAGAUUGGUGGGCAUGGCGGUGUUGAACCAUUUGUUUCAUCCAAGGAGUUCAAAGAUAUGAACGUGGCAUUAGUCCUUGAUGAAGGGCUUGCCUCUCCAGGGGAGGAGUACCGUGUGUUCUAUGCAGAGCGUAGCCCUUGGUGGCUUACUAUAAAAGCAACAGGCGCACCAGGGCACGGUGCGAAGUUGUAUGAUGGUAGUGCAAUGGAGAAUUUGAUGAAGAGCGUGGAGGCUAUUAGGAGAUUCAGGACAUCACAGUUUGAUCUAGUGAAAUCUGGAGAGAAGGCUGAAGGAGAUGUUGUAUCGGUGAAUUUUGCGUACCUGAAGGCUGGCACACCUACACCAACGGGUUUUGUCAUGAAUCUUCAACCAUCUGAAGCAGAGGUAGGUCUUGACAUCCGGAUCCCUCCUAGUGCCCAUGUGGAAGCACUGGAGAGGCGCCUUGUUGAAGAAUGGGCACCACCUUCACGCAACCUGACCUUCGAGUUUAAACAGAAGAUGUCUGUCCUGGACAACUUUGGGAAGCCAGCCAUGACAGCAGCAGACAGCACAAACCCAUGGUGGACGUUGCUCGAAGAAGCUGUGAAGAGCGCUGACGGCAAACUCGGCAAGGCGGAGAUAUUCCCAGCCUCUACUGACGCUCGCUACUUCCGGAAAAUCGGAUUACCAGCAUUUGGCUUUUCACCUAUGGCGAACACCCCGAUACUGCUCCAUGACCAUAACGAGUUUCUGAGCAAAGACGAGUACCUCAAGGGAAUCGGGAUAUACGAGUCCAUCAUCAGGGCACUGGCCACUCAUGAAGAUGGCGGCAAAGAUGACGAAUCCAGGGCAGAGCUGUGAGCCUGUGACUGAGGAGAACCUUGAACCUUACCUCGCUUUUGCCGCAGACCAAAUGGAGCACUGGAAGUCAUGUUUCGGCAUUAUGCAGCUGCCUGUGCUUCUGCUGCGGCGUCGGAGCGAUAGAACCACAAACAUCAUCUUUGUACAUUCUCGCAAGAGGGCUUAUGCGCUUAAUAAUUGAUGAAAUUGAGAUAUGUAGUUCGUCUGCGCAGUUCAGGGCUCACCCAGUUCCUACUUGAUGCUGCUUUGGUAUUGGUUGUUGUAUCAAAACUUAUAUUCACGUCGCUUCGUGCUUCAUUGCUUUUGUGCCUUUGUUUUCAUUUCAUAUGGUAGCAUGACAGUCGAUUAUGCA